AUGCUAUUGAAUCGAAAGCAUACUUGGGUAAAAUGCUUUACAUCACAACAUUUCACAGCAGGAAUGCAAUCUACACAGUGUAUGGAAUCAGAAAAUGCAUUAUUAAAAAAGGCCGUACAGUCAAGUUUCUCUCUCUUACAAGUUCAAGAAUCUUUUGAAAAUUGGUUAGAAUUUGAAUCAAUUAACAAUCGUUAUUCAAUCUGGAAAACUUUAACAUUACAGUACACACAACCUUUCAUUAUACAAACAUUCUUUAGUAGUAUUGAUAAUAUUAUAAAUAAAUAUUUCACACAGCUAAUUCACGAUGCAUAUUAUAAACAAAUGUGUCAAUCUAUAUACUAUCAUGCACAUCAAGUACAAUUUUCUGAAAUUUCAGUAUUAGAUGAUGGUUCAUUUGAACCUUUUUUGAUAAAGUAG